CAAGCACAGACGUGUCCGCGUCCCCCCCGCUUCCCCCCAUCCUCCGCUUCGACCAGCCGGUCCCCCCGCCCGGCACGGCUCCGCAGCCGCGCUGGUGCCCGCUCCCGGCUGCGGCAGCCAGCGCGGCUCCGGCACCAACUUUCCGUGCGCGGCGCGGAGCGUCCCCCGCGGGGGCAGCGGCGGCCCCGGGGCGGCCAUGCUGGGGCCGGCCGUGCGGCUGGCGCUGGGCGCGGGGGAGCUGGGGCCGGCGGGGCUGCCGGGCCGGCUGAUGGCCCUGCUCUGGCCGGCGCUGGUGCUGGCGGCGGCGGCGGCGGCGCUGCUGGUCCUGCGGGGGCUGCGAGGCGGCCGGGCCGCGCCGGGGCACCCGCGCCGCGCCGCCGGGGAGGCGCAGGAGGAGGAGGAGGAGGAGGAGGAGGAGGAGGAGGAGGAGGAGGAUGGCCCCGCGGGGGCCGGCGGCCGGGCGGCUGGGGCGCUGCCGGCGCGGCAGCCCGAGGAACAAAGGCGCACGGCGCAGGUUCCAGUGAAUGGCCAGCUUCUAACAUCAGUCAACAUCAGAGAGAAAAAGCUCCUCAAGCCUAAGAAGAAGAGGAAGGCUCAAUGCUCAGACAAGGAGGUGCCAAAAGAUCUUCUUUCUGUGGAAAAAGACAAACUGCAAGAGGAAGAAGGAGUCUGGCAGACCAAGAUCAGCAGCCGAGAAAAGCGACACUUGAGGAAGGAAAGGCUGAAACAAAAAGACCCCAACAGACCAUCCCUGGGUAGCUCAGCAGCUGAGCCAUCCUUUGACUGGGAUGAGAAGGGAGCUGUGUGGUCGCUCACAGAGGACACCAGUGGCAGUGUAAAAGGUGCUUUCAUUGCCAAGGCAGAGUGUGGGACUGUGCUGAAGGUCUCAGGAGCCAUACGGGAAGAAUCUGUGCCCUCCCAGUCAGAAGAGGAUGUUUUUUCCAAUGUAGGAACGUGGGAUAUUGCAGAAGUAAAAUCCUGUCCUGUGACCUUUGGGACGUUAUCAGAGCUGUCCAGGGAGAUAGAUAAUGUGAAGAGUAAAUCAUCUGAGGCCAGUCCUUCCAGAUACUGUUGGCAUGCCAGCUCGACUUUCCUCCCCACAGAUGAUGCAUGGCAGGGGCAGGAUAAUCCUUCAGCAAUUGACCUGGACUCUGACUGGAAGGCUCCCACGGAAGAGUGGGGAAACUGGACAGGAGAUGAGGAGAAGCAUCAGAUGGAGGACGAGAAGAAGAAGGAUUUGCCAAAAGGCAAAGCAGGCAUUCGCUUCUGCCUUUCUGGACUCGAAAGCAAAACACAGCGGAAGAAGAAGAAAAUGGAAGUGAAGGAAGCAAGGGGUGGAGCUGGACUGAGGCAUCUGCAGCAAGGUUUGGAAGCAAGAAUGGAAGAAGGCCCAAGGGACUUGGUAUCUAUGGAACGUAGCAGUGAUGCAGUCUGUACUUCCUUCAAAAAACCCUUGGAUGUUGCUAAUAAUUCACCCAAUAAUGGUGUACCUGGAAAAAAGGAGAGGAGGAAGAGGAAGAAAAUGAAGAAAGAGACUUGAGGGAGCUGCGCAGCUGCCAGAGUGACAACCCAAUGGGGCAGGCAUGCCAGUGAGCUGCAAGGAUUCUGCUUUCUGAGAUGCUGCACUGAGCCCCAAGUCAAGAGAGGCUCUAGGAGACCUCCCAGCGAGAGGAAAAGGAGAAGAGGAGCAGUGAGCCAGAGAGCGUGAGUGUGUGAGAGAACAGAGAGAAUGAGCACGCUGUGCACAGGAGGUGGUGUUGAAACAGAGUGGCUGUUCACUACAAACUGCUGCCCUUGAUUAAAAGAUGUUGAAUGGGGUUUGACUGGUUGCAUUAAGUCUUUUCAGUUUUUUCAGUCAUGUUGUUUGUCAGCUUGUAUAUGUUAUAUGCCAUUGUAGAAAUGGUCGGAACGUACCUGACUGUGAUUGUACUUCAGUCCCGUGGAGGAUCCACCAGCUAGUCUGGUCUCCUCUGGCAUUUUUGCAGAGGUGCUCAUCGACAGGCUAGUAACGUACAGAAGCAAGCACUGUUCGGAGAGAAAGGGAGAGUAACAUGGAUCAUUCUCAAACCUUCUAAAUCUUCUAAAUCCAUGUUGUCUGCUACAGUCAGACUUUUGCCUCAUACUUUGACAUAUUUAUACGUUUCACGCCACAUCAGGCUAGCUUGCUCCACAAGGGAAAAUUUCUAUAGGAUGUUUUAAACUUAUUUGGAAAGAUGGUCUAAACCCUUUCUUUCUCCUCAGAUUUCAUGGUGGGCUAAAGUUUAAAGUCUGUAUGUCCAAAGCAUGUUGUAUUUGUACUUAUAGUAGACUGAAGUAACUUUUGAAAAUAAUUUUUCUUAAUCUGAUGUUUGGAAGUUUUUAUUAUUUUGCUACUUAAAUAUUCUAAUAUAAACUAAAUUUGUGAAUGAAAUUUUUACAAAUGUAAUUUUAGUAUUUACUGAAGAGUGUGUAUUUCUCAUUGUCAGAGGACGUAUAGUAUGGAGGAGGGAAUGUGUUACAAAUGAAUAUUGCAGUUUAUAAACAGCACCAAGCUGACACCAGCGAAAGCUGAAGCUCUUUAUCCCUAGAGGAGUUGCAGCUUUGGUGGUAGCUGUGAGGGUUUCUUCAGACGGUCCUGAGACUGUGCCUCCACCCAUCCUAGAAGUGCUGCCUCGAAGGAUGAGGUAGUGAUUGUCAAAUCUCCAUCUGCAUUCAACUUUGUGCCUUUGGAGAUUGUGUGGGAAGAUUAGUAACACAGAUGAACAUAUGCACGUUCAUAGGCAUCGGGCUGAUGCUGGGAAACUCAUUUCAUCUAGGACACUGAGUAGCCAGGGGUGUUAAUGGCUUUACACCACUACAGCAGCACUCCUGUUUGCAUCAUUGAGCUAGAGACCUCUCUGCUUCUGCCAUCGCAGCCACCCAGUCCCUGAUGCCGGCUUGUCUGAGCUUUACCUGCAGCUCAGUGCUUUCACCUGAUACUCUUCAUCUGUUGCAUAGCUGACAAAGCAGCUGUAUCCUUCAGAGAAGCAAUUAAUUGCAGUAAUGUAUUUGUGUUUGGAGUUUAGCUACUGUAUCUUAAAGGGCAGUUCUCUUGUGCUGUGGUUUUUGGGGUAGCUAGCUGUACAGUGUGCCCUGAAAUUGAAAGGGCUGAAUAGACCAAAGAGCUGUUACCUGAAAAGUAAGUGGUUUGGAGCAGAUGCAUAACAAGAAAAUAUAUGGCCUCACUGGAGAAACAAGUACAGCAAGUUCAAAGAUGUAGAAGAUGUGUUAAUGGGUAUGUGGGUAAUGAGUAAAGUUCUGCUAUCUCUGAAGCCAAUGGAAAACAUUCAUUGACCUCAUUGGGGCCAGGAUGUUUCCCAAGGUCUUUGUUUAGCAUUGAAGAUAACCUCUGUUGUUCAAAAAAGAGGAAAAAAAAAAAAAAAGAA